AUGCUUGAAGAGAACGCAUUCACCCAUGCGUACGUGAGUGAAGACAAUGCACUCACCCAUGCGUACGUGAGUGAAGACAACGCAUUCACCCAUGCGUACGUGAGUGAAGACAACGCAUUCACCCAUGCGUACGUGAGUGAAGACAACGCAUUCACCCAUGCGUACGUGAGUGAAGACAAUGCACUCACCCAUGCGUACGUGAGUGAAGACAAUGCACUCACCCAUGCGUACGUGAGUGAAGACAACGCAUUCACCCAUGCGUACGUGAGUGAAGACAACGCAUUCACCCAUGCGUACGUGAGUGAAGACAACGCACUCACCCAUGCGUACGUGAGUGAAGACAUCGCAUUCACCCAUGCAUACGUGAGUGAAGACAAUGCACUCACCCAUGCGUACGUGAGUGAAGACAACGCACUCACCCAUGCGUACGUGAGUGAAGACAACGCACUCACCCAUGCGUACGUGAGUGAAGACAUCGCAUUCACCCAUGCGUACGUGAGUGAAGACAACGCACUCACCCAUGCGUACGUGAGUGAAGACAACGCACUCACCCAUGCGUACGUGAGUGAAGACAAUGCACUCACCCAUGCGUACGUGAGUGAAGACAACGCACUCACCCAUGCGUACGUGAGUGAAGAGAACGCAUUCACCCAUGCGUACGUGAGUGAAGAGAACGCACUCAUGCGUACGUGA